CAGAAUGCCGCGGUCUGCCAGCGCAGCAGAGAUCAAUGGUCGGCUGCUGAUCAGAGGAGCCGCUGAUUAUUGAGAUUAAAGGCGUUAAUCAGCGCAGAGCCUCCGGUGCCGAAGCGCUGACAGCGGCACAGAGAGCAGGAGCAGCCGCCGCCAUCACCAUCAUCAUCACCUUCAUCACCACAGCUGAACAACAGCCCAGCCGGUGAACGACAGUCUGAUGGCGAGUCCCAGGACCAGGCGUGUGUUGAAGGAGGUGCGGACAGAAGACGAGAACAACGUCUGCUUUGAGUGCGGAGCGUUUAACCCGCAGUGGGUCAGUGUGACCUAUGGGAUCUGGAUCUGUCUGGAAUGCUCCGGCAAACACAGAGGCCUCGGUGUCCACCUCAGUUUCGUCCGCUCCGUCUCCAUGGACAAGUGGAAGGACCUGGAGCUGGAGAAGAUGAAGGCGGGAGGAAACAGGAAGUUCCGCAUGUUCCUGGAGCUGCAGGACGACUACGACCCCAACUGGAGCCUGCAGGAGAAAUACAACAGCAGAGCAGCGGCGCUCUUCAGGGACAAGGUGGCGACUCUGGCUGAUGGGAAAGAGUGGAGCAUGGAGGACUCUUCUGCCAGAAACUGGACUCCUCCACAGGCCAAGAGCAGCCUGAGCUCCACACACAGGUCCAGUGCAGCUGCAGGUCAGAACCACACUCACUCUGACCGAGCCUUCGAGGACUGGCUGAGCGACGACGUCAACUCUUACCAGAAUGCCGGGGCGUCUGGAGCGCAGGAGAAUCGCUAUGUGGGCUUCGGAAACACUCCUAACCCGCCCAAGAAAGAGGAAGACUUCAUCAAUAACGCCAUGACCUCCAUCUACUCGGGCUGGAGCAACUUCACUGUCGGAGCCAGCAAGAUUGCCUCCAUCGCUAAAGACAAUGCUGCUGAGUUGGGUCCGACGCUGAAUGAUAAUGUCAUCAAACCCACACAGGAGAAGGUGAAGGAGGGCCGCUUGCUGGAUGAGAUGGCGGUGGGGAUCUCAGGUCUGGCUGUGAAGGUUCAGGGUGCAGGAGCUAAAGGCUGGAAGGACAUGACCUCUUUCUUCAGUGGGAAACCAGACGGCGCUGAUGAGGGCAGCUCUGCUUAUGAGGAAGGUUAUCAGAGUCAGGAUGCGUUCGGCGCUCCGGCACCCAAGCGGGACUUCUGGGAAACGUUCGGCAGUAACUCGGCUCUCAGCGGGAACACCGAGGCUCCGGCCGAACACAAACCCAGCACUGGAGACGGCUGGGAUGCCUGGGACAACAACUGGGAGACGUCUGGAGGAGCGCAGAACCAGAACCAGAAGCCCAAACCACAGGAGGAGUCCUGGGACAACAGCGGCUGGUAGCAGCGGAUGCUCCACACACACACACACACACACACACACACACACACACACACACACACACACACACACACUCUAUCAUCAUCAUUCCUGUUCUAGUGGACUCCAGCGCAGAUCUGCAUGUCAUCUGCUGGACCUCCUGAUAAUGUGAGGAGUCUGAACUGCACACCGUCUCCUCAUCAGCUUGUCUUUUUACCUGUGUGUUGGUUGUGUGUGUGUGUGUGUGUGUGUGUGACGAGCUGUCUAACAGAUUCUUAUAUGGAAAGAGUUUUUAUCUGCAGAGUUGUUGCUCCCGAUCUUCAUGCUGACACACACACACACACACACACGCUGACCUGUCGAGUCUUCUCUGAGUUCCUGACGUCUGUCACCUCAUGGCCUUCCAUCAUACAGAUGUUGUUGGACAUUGAUGUGCGUGCGUGCGUGCGUGUGUGUGCGUGCGUGUGUGAGUGUGUGUGUGUGUGCGCUUUUGUUUGUUGAUUCUCUCUCGGUAUUUCCUGUUGGUCAUUCCAGAUGUUGGUCUGCUUCUCGUCAGCUCGUGACUCUCGCAGGAGCAGGCGAUCCCUCAUCAGCUCAACACAUCCACCAUCUUUAUUUAUUCCUGGUGUGCUCGUGAUGUGGCUGAGCGGGCCGCGUCUCCUUACCUCAGUGAUACGGUGGUUGUUUAUGGUGUGUUAUUGUUGAGUUCCUCCUGAAUCUGGUGUAUUGAUAUUAUCCACUCGUGUUCAUGGAUGUGCCUGACAGCGGUUCUCUGCUGCGUCUCCGUCUGGGGAUCGUCAGUGAGCUACACUAUAUAUUGCUAGUCAAUUAGUGGAGUUAAUAAAGCAUUAAACACCACC